AAUAAAUCGGACAUCAGUGAGCUCAUUGCAGCUCAAGUGAGCGAUUCAUCACAGGAGAUCCAAGAUGUUUAAGAUCAUCGCUCUGGUUGCCUGUUUAGCCAUCGUUUCUUUGACACAAUCUGUCCUAGGAGAAGAAGGCGACCACGAGGAUUACUAUUCCCAUCCGAAGUAUAAGUUCGAAUAUGGUGUCAAGGACGAACAUACUCACGAUCACAAAAGUCAAUGGGAGCAUCGUGACGGAGAUGCCGUGAAGGGACAAUACACUCUGGAUGAGGCCGAUGGAACCCAUCGCAUUGUGGACUAUAGCUCGGAUCAUCAUUCUGGAUUCCAGCCUCACGUUCAACGCAAGGGUCAUGCUCACCACCCGCACGGCGAAAGUUAUGCCAACAUUGAGCAGCAUUACUGAACGUGAUUGAUUAGAACUAAUAGCACAGAGCGUCCGAUGUUAAAUGAUACCAUUGAUUGGAAAACGAACGAACGUUUUUCAUUCUUAUUUCGAGGGAUUGCGAACGAAUUUAAUGCCGAAACCAACAUUUUGAAUGUAUCCAUCCAUACCAAUGUUUUCGAAUGCAAUAUCUUUCGUGAGUGGAAGAAUAAAUGAGAAAGAUGUU